UUGGCGAUGAAGUCUAGGAAAAGGAAGCGUGGCGAGACGCCAGAGAGUGAUGGCAAAAGACCAGCCAAGAAGACUCAGGUGGUGCCUUCUGACGAUGAAGGAGAAGAGGUAGAAGAAGAAGCGGGAGUGGAAGCGGGAGAAGACGUAGAGAAGGAGGAUGCAGAGGAUGUAGAGGAGGAAGAGAGCAGCGAUGUUGAGAGCGUGUUUGAACGCAUUGCUCCAAUCAAGGCCGGAGAUAGCAUCAAACACUCCUCUUCUUCCUCUCCCCCAGUAGCAGCACCACGGUCUAAGAAACGCGAGCGUUCUGCCACGCCCGAGAAACACUCAUCGGCCAGUCCCGACGCAAAACCUCCCUCGAAGAGGAUCCGAAAGUCCUCUCCCAAAGGGGAAGUAUAUAUGACGCUGAAGCCGAUAAUGUGAUUCAAUCAGUCGAAGUCACGCAGACACGGCAAGUCAGGCGUGUCGGUCAAGAAGAUACACGCUCCUUUGUGGUAGAGGACGAGAUUGACUAUGAUGAGUCAGAUGAUAGUACGGACCAUCGAUAUCAAGUAAAUUUGGUGAAUCGUAG